AAUUUAAUAAUAAAUAGAAUAGCAUAUAGGCAUUGUAGAAAAUAUUAAAUUAAAUCUAAUGUCCAAAAGAAGACAGUGGCGAAAAAAUCUUUAUGAAAAUUACGAUUAUGAGGACAACUACACGGAUCCGACAUUUCUAAAGGACUUAAGAACCAAUCUGCAUGUACGUUUCUACAGCCUUGGUGAAGUGAUUCGCGGUAUCACAGUUCUCAACAACCAAAUAUCCUGCAUUACGGGCUUCCUUAUUAUUUUCUACAUGCUGUACAGCGACAAAGUCUCACCCUCCUCUAUUUUUUGGCCCUCUUUUACUGUGACCAUAAUGGGUUAUAUCUGCUUUCGAGGGAAGAUGCUGACAUUCUCCAUGGCCAUAGAAGACUCGAAAACAUUGCUGACGGUUUUACUCUUUGGAUACUUACUUGCUCCAGUUUUACACACGCUUACAGAUGCCAUAUCGACGGAUACGAUAUUCUCCAUGACAUUCAUUGUAAUGCUAAUUAAUGUUUUGUUCUGUGAUUAUGGUCUUUCGGUUGCAAUGGUUUCCAAGGCCAUAUCAGUUAAUGCCGCCAUUUUUGGGUCAAUUUGUUUGGCUUCACGUCUUGCUACGUCAUAUCAUGCUUUUGUCUUGCUAGUGGAGGCGGCCAUAUUUUUUGUCCUCUAUCCUAUGGUAGUAAGGGAAUACUGGUGUUCUUAUUUUUUCUUGCCUAUUUUUAUUGUGGACUUGUAUUUCCUCUGGACCAUAUCGUUAAACGUUUUGUGGAUUUAUGUGUCCUUAACGCUCUUCAUUAAUUUUGUAUGUCCAUGUAUUUUUGUGAUUCAACAGAGACACAAGCAUAACAUCCACGGGCCAUGGGAUGAAGCUAUUGUCGAAGAAACAACCGAUGAUAAUAUCGAUAUAAAAUUAUAGCAUUUACUACAUUCUGUACUUAUAGAUAAUAAUUGUAAGAAAAGACUGCGUUUGUAAUGUAUAUAAUUUUUAGUAGCAAUAAUAUUAUACAAUUUAUACCACAUUUUGUUAUUAAGUUUGUAUAAAUAAAUACAUACAUAUGUAGUUUACUAACUAGAAUAAAUGGUUUUGUGAUAUUAUGUCAUUAAACCAUGUAGUAGUGUGGCUGUUGCUUAUCCAACAUGCACUUUGACCCCGUUAUUAUGAUUCAUUGUGGCUAUGCCCACUAUCAAUAGAAUUUCUCUUAAAUCGUUAUACAGAAAGCACCCAAUAGCACUGGCAGCUUACUCUUGUUCAGGUAUAGUGUACAAGAAAAGAAGUCUACAGACUAUUUAUCCUUCAGAAUUUUUGCAGGCAUAGAUAAAAUUAGAAUAUAUUUCCAUUUUUAAUGCAUCGACUACAAAUAAGAUUGCUUUACGAAUGUGGUUAAGAUGAAUGGCCAGUGACCUUUAUCAUAUCUAACAGCCCUAGGCGGAGAUGUACUCCAAUUUAUAUGCAACUCAUUUGUAAUCUGGGAGGCCAUUUUGGGUUCGCCUUUGACAGUGAACGUCUAGAUUCGAAUCCUGGCGAAAACAUCCGAAUCAUUUUUCAAUGUUCGUUAUGGGUGCAAUGCUACGGAACAACCCUGUCCGAGAAUGAUUGCAGAUAUAAAAAAUCGAUUUUUUGUAGGCGUCUAAAUUAAAUGCAAAAAUGGUGUUUAAUUCGCUUUCCCUUAACUUUUUGAUAGUUCAUGAAACAAUACAGU